UUUGCCCAUCAAUCCCCGGAUAUAAUUUCGCCGCAAAAGGCAUAUUUUCUUGUAGUUCCUACCGAUCAUCAGCCUAAUUUCAUACACUUUAACUUCUUCCAUGACCUCGCAACCAGCUCUUUCAUGGGUUUAUGAUGUGUUCUUAAGUUUUAGAGGUGAAGAUGUUCGACAUAACUUUAUUUCUCACCUAUAUGAUGCUUUGCGUAGAAGCGGAAUCAAUACUUACAUUGAUGAGCAACUUGAAAGAGGAAAGGAAAUUUCACCAGCACUUCUCAAAGCUAUUGAGGAGUCAAGGAUUUCGAUUAUCGUUCUUUCUGAAAACUAUGCAUCAUCCACAUGGUGUUUGGAGGAGCUGAUGAAGAUUCUCGAGUGCAGAGAAAUGAAACAACAAAUAGUUCUACCGGUGUUUUACAAAGUGGAUCCAUCGAUAGUGCGGAAACAAAAGGAAAAUUAUGGAAAGGCAUUGGCCAGCUACAAAGACAAGUUGAAUUAUGAUACGAAGGUGGAUAGCUGGAAGGCUGCGCUAAACGAAGUGGCCAAUUUGUCCGGGUUCCAUUUAAAGAAGGAAGGGAAUGAAUCUGAAUUUAUCCAUAGCAUCAUUCAACGGGUGGACUCAAACAUAAUCAAUCAAACAUGCUUUGAGGUUGCCAAUCAUCCAGUUGGAGUGGCGUCUCGUGUGCGGCGUGUAUAUUCUCUUUUAAGCAUCGGAGAGAAUGAUAUUGUACGUAUGGUAGGGAUCUUCGGAGUUGGUGGAAUUGGAAAGACAACUAUUACCAUAGAGGUAUAUAAUAUAAUUUCUUCUAACUUUGAAGGUUGUUGUUUUUUGAAAAACAUUAGAGAAACAUCAAAGAGCGAGUAUGGUCUGGUCCAAUUGCAAGAGACUCUUCUUUUCGAUAUCCUAGGAGCAUCUUCAGUUCGUAAUACUGGCCACGUCGACAGAGGAAUCAAUGUGAUAAAGAAUAAACUUCGUUAUAAAAGAGUUCUUCUAAUUCUUGAUGAUGUGGAUGAUUGGAAACAGUUGAAAGCUUUGGCCGGAAAUCGUGAUUGGUUUGGUAAAGGAAGUAGAAUCAUUAUAACAACAAGGGAUCAAAAUCUAUUGAGUAACCAUGAAGUUGAUGCAACAUAUGAAGUGGAGGAAUUGAACCAUCAUGAAGCUUUAGAGCUAUUUAGUUUGUGCGCCUUUAAAAGAAAGAAACCGCUUGAUAACUACAUGGAACUUACAAAACGUAUAAUACGUUAUGCUAGGGGCCUUCCUCUAGCUUUGGAAGUGCUUGGUUUGGAUCUGCGUGGUAGAAGUAUACGUGAAUGGGAAAGUGCAUUGGAAGCGUACAAAAGAAUUCCUCAUGAGAAGAUUCAAAAAAUACUCAGAACGAGCUAUGAUGGUUUGUCUGAAAGUGAGAAGAAUAUUUUUCUUGACAUUGCAUGUUUCUUUAAGGGAGAGAACGUAGAUUAUGUUGUGAAAAUAUUAGAUGGUUGUGGUUUUUGUCCAAAUAUUGGAAUAAAAAAACUGAUGGAUAAGUCUCUCAUUACCAUUGAUGGUCAUAUUAAAUUUGAGAUGCAUGACUUGCUACAAGAUAUGGGUAGAGAAAUUGUUCGAGAAGAAUCACCAAAAGAGCCCGGUGGACGCAGUAGAUUGUGGUAUCAUGAAGAUAUUCGCCAUGUACUUGAAGAAGAUACGGGAACAAACCAAAUUGAAGGCAUACUGAUAGAUUUACCUAAAGAAGACAUCAUAUGCUUGAGUUCGGAGGCAUUCAUGAAGAUGAAAAACCUGAGAUAUUUCAUAAAUCGUAAUGCACGCUUCUCUGGAAGUCCAAAUUAUCUUUCUAACAAGUUAAGAGUGCUUCAUUGGGUGGAAUAUCCUUCACAAUCGCUGCCAUAUAAUUUCCAUGGAAGAAAGUUGGUUGAUUUUAGAAUAAGUGAUAGCCUCUUCAAGGAAUUCGGAGUGCGAUUCCAGAAUUUCCAGAACUUGGCCAGGAUGGACUUCUCUCAUUGUGAAUUUCUGACAAAAAUCGUAGAUCUUUCUCGAAUGCCAAAUUUAGAGUGGUUGGAUGUUACUAAUUGUAGAAACUUAGUUGAGGUUCAUGCUUCUGUUGGAUCCCUUAAUAAGCUGGAGCAUCUCUCAUUUGCCCAUUGCCCUAAGCUUAAGAGUUUGCCAACAAGCCUCAAGUUUAGGUAUCUUAAAUGCCUCUGGGUUGAAGGUUGCUUAAGCCUUCAAAAUUUCCCUGAAAUCGAGUUUGAAAGGGAAUGUUUAAGGAAUCUUUGUUUAGCAAACACCAAUAUAAAAGAAUUGCCGUUAUCCAUUGAGCACCUCUCUGGGCUUGAAGAAUUAGAUCUAAGUGGCUGCAAAAAUCUUCUGCAUCUCCCGACUGGAAUUCUUCGAUUUCGACAGCUGAAGGCUCUUCUUCUAGGUGGCUGUUCAAAACUUGUUUUUAUUCCAAAUAUCUUGAAGGAUGAUUGUUGCCCAAUAGACCUUCCGGAGCUGAAAUGUUUGGAUCUUGAAAAUUGUCACCUGCCAGAUCCUGAUAUCCUGACGAGACUCAAUCGCUAUUUUACUUUGCAGGAAUUAAAUCUAUCAGGGAGUGAUAUUAUUAAGCUUCCAGAAAGCAUGAUCAAGUUUUUCGACUUGAGGAUCCUUGAGUUGAUAGAUUGCAAGAAACUUCAAGAAAUUCCUGCACUGCCCCCAAAAAUACAAAUCGUAGAUGCAACUGGAUGCAUGUCAUUGGAAAGAUUUCCAGAUGGAGUGAACUUAGUGAACUUCAUUAGAAGUCAUACACGAGACGAACGAUGGAUUGACUUGUUUGGAGGCCACAAUAUUCCUAUGAAUAUAGCGAGUUUUUGGGAAAAUCCCAUAUGGUGGUGUGAGGAAUACUUCAGAAACCUUUCAUGCAGCGUUAUAUUUCCGGGGAAUAGGAUUCCCGACUGGUUUAGCCAUACGAAGCAAAAUUCCAAAAUUUGGAUUCCAUACCAAUUCGACGAUCUUGAGGUGUCUUCAGCAAAUAUGAAUCUAGAAUGGUUCUGCGAUUUUAAGAGGACUCCAUCUCGGAGUUCCUGUCAAAUAAAAAUUUGGCUGGGAAGUCCGGCAAAUAUAAGAGGAGUUGCUAUAUGUGUCGUUCUCAAACCCAUUCUGGAGAUCUACCCCAAAAGAGGUACUAAUCUUAUUUUCAAGACAGGGUAUGUUUCCCGAACAGAGGUGGAUCAUAAAGUUGAUUUAAGGGGUUCAGAUGAUCGUGUAUGGCUGAAUUACACCCCUUUACAUGAUCAUCUGAACCCAUUUUUUCUAGUAUGUGAAGUUUAUAGUAUAGAUAAACCGGUGUUCUUCAAAAGCUGCGGAGUCCAUCUGAUAUUCAAGAAUGAAAAGGAAGGGGAAGAUCAUCCAGGUUUUCUGCCUUUAAUGGAUGGUAUUGAAGUUUCGGAGAGGAGUUUUGUCGAUGAUGACCGCUACUGGGAAUCCACUUCGUGCCCACAAAGGAACAGACGUUUCUCAGCCUUGGACAUCAAUUUUAAUUUAGGAUACUCUAACCAGUCUGCAGGAGGAACUUACAAAUAAUUUGCAUCUUGAAUUGUCGCCUUAAUUGCGGAUCAGGUUUUCUUGUUUAGGAACUGAUCAUCGCAAUUUGGUUUUUUUGGUGCGAGUGACAGACAACGUUCCAUGUGCGAAGGCGGGGAACAGAGCCCCUGAAUCUACAGCUGCGCCUUAGCAUUCCAACCCAUUUUCCCUGCAGUUUUGUGUAGGGCAGGAAAGCCACCUGUUUCAGACAUGAUCAUCAGGUCGAGUUAUUUGAGGAGAGUGUCUCCAUCUCUCUCUCUCCCUCUCCUAGGAGAACCUAGGGUCAGAGAAGCUGGGGUACAGAUUUAUAGAGUCGUCUGAAACAGGUGGAUACAAAAUGGGAAUUUCAGUGAAUCGGACAUCUAAACCAAUCAAAUCUAUUCAAUUUCCGCAGUAAAGUAGUGCCUUGUAAUGUUUGUUAGUUUUCUUUUGGUUUGACUGUCUCCAGUAUAUGAAUGAUAUCAUCCCAUUUUGAUGUUAGACCGUUUGUGUAACCGCGACCCGUGUACAUUUUUUUUUUUGUCUUCCUUCUUUGGUUUCCAAGUUCCUACGCCGUGACGCACACGUAAAUUCUUUUGGUCUUCUUUGUCUUUUGCCGUAAACCACGUGAAUCUUUCUUCUCCGCUGUUUUUCUCUCCCGACAGCUCUCACCAACUCUACCUCUCUCGCCCAAUAUUUUUUCUCCCGCAUAUAGAGGUGCUGCAACCUGAGCGUUCUGUGAACCAUCUUCUCCGCGUAAGCCAUUUCCACUAACCACCGAGACUACCUCCACGCCUUAACCUCCACUUCGUAAGCCACCACCACCUUAAGCACACCCAAUGGUAAAACACCUGUACCUUCAAAGCUACUGCCCCGCGAGACCACCACCACAGCUCGGCCACGAGUUACCAGUUGCACUACCACAGCCAAGUUUUCCUCCACGUUUUCAUCCACACCACACGGCAACAGCUCUGUUUUUUCAUUCCAAAACAGAGCAAACGUUUCACGUUCUGAUCGCCACCCUCAGCCAAGCUCGGAUCAGCCACGCAUCCCUCCACCCUCAGCUCCUCUCGGCAAGCAGAAUCUACGGCACUCACCAACAUCGAAGGUCCUGUUUUCAAGCACUGAAAUAGAGGAACGAGUUUGUCACGGGUGUGGUUGCUGUAUUGCAGAAGGAUGAGGGAUGGGAGGAAGGAAUAACGAGAUUAACUGUAGGAAGAUGGGCAGUUAAUAAUACGGGUCGUUUUGUGUUUAGUAAUGUGCUUGGUGGUAAACGACAUGUGUUUUGGGCUUUAAAUGAAACGGUGUGUUUAGUGGCUGUGUCGUUGUAAGCAGAAAGUAGGGGUUUAAUAAAACGGUGAGUUUUGGUUUUUAGAAGUUAAGGUGCGUUUUGUCUUGUAAGUAGUUGCGUUUUGUGUCUUCGAGGUUGGGAAUCUUUAAUCACUUUUUGAUGGAUAAGAAUCUGUAAGUCUUGGAGGUUGGGAAUUCCUCGAAAAUUCCAUGAUCAGGUUCAAUAUGGAAUCUGCAUUUGAUCCA